CGAAUCUUGUCUCCAAGGCAGCUGUUUGAAAAUUAGUACUUCAUUUAAUCCUGAUUCAACUCAUUAAAACAGAUUUUCCAGAUAUGUUUACUGAUGUAUUGUACUAUCAAGAAUGUGAAGUUUUUCGAGUUGAAGGAAUUAAGCUUGGUGAUGGCUUCUUAAGCAAGCUAGCAAAAGCUGAGCAGCACAGACAUAGUCUCCUACAAGAUCUCAGAAACUUCAAGGUCUAUAGAAAUUUAUUUUCAGAAAUUCAUAUUCUUUUGUUGGGUCCCAUUGGGUCUGGAAAAUCGAGCUUUUGCAAUUCAGUGAAAUCUAUAUUCCAAGGCCACGUGAGUCGCCAGGCUCCAGUGGGAUCUGAUUUCUGCAGUAUUACUGAACAAUAUAGAAUAUAUUCCAUUGGAGAUGGAAAAUAUGGUAAAUCUCUGCCAUUUAUGUUGUGUGACACUAUGGGCCUUGAUGAUAUGGAGGGAGCAGGAUUGUGUGUGGAUGACAUACCUCACAUCUUAAAAGGAAGUAUGCCAGAUAGAUAUCAGUUUAAUCCUCAUAAACCAAUUACACCCCAGGAUCCUACCUUUAUCACCUCUCCAUCACUGAAGGACAGAAUUCACUGUGUGGCCUAUGUCUUAGAUAUCAAGUCUAUCUUGAAUCUCUCCUCUGAAAUGGUAGUAAAGCUCAAGAAAAUUCAGAAAGAAGUAUUAAAUCAUGGUAUACCACUUGUAGCCUUGAUUACUAAACUGAAAGAUUGCAGUAAUAUUCUUCAAGACAACUUUUUAAACAUGAAUGAAUUCAUAACUUCUAGCCACCAGAUAAUGAAUUUCACAAAAAUGCUAAACAUCCCUAUUUGUAAUAUCUUGAUGGUUCAAAACUAUGCUUCAGAAUUGAAACUGUACCCCUUAAAAGACAUUCUAAUUCUGAAUGCACUGAAACAGAUGCUGCGUGCUGCAAAUGCUGCCUUAGAGGAUUUGCCUCUCGAGGAACCAGUUUAAAUUACGGGCAUGUUCCAGCUCUGCAUGUGACAUCAGUUAUAUUGAUCCUGACACUUGGCCUAAACCUGGACUGGCACAUCUCACUUGGAGCUACUUUCUGUUGACAGUCUUAUUGUGACGAUAUUCAUUUGUAUUUUAUCUUCCUUCCCGAUGACAGGCACGAAACUGAUGUUUCCUCUAGGAACAGUUACACCUCAAACCCAAGACCACCUAAGAAGUCAUGAUAUAGAAUUAAGCCCCCUCUAUAUUUGUGCACUAUUUAUCAUUUAGUUUUUAUAGUAUAUUUGCAAAUAUCCUCAAAAAUUAAAUAUUGCCUUUCUCACUCUUCUUUAGCCUUUCAUAUAAAGUUCUUUGAGUACUAAUCAAGCACAUGAAUUAUUACAAAAUAAGUGCAUAGAUAUUGACUUUAGUAAAUAAAUUGUGAAUUCUAUAAAUUAGGAUUUUGUAUGUUUACUCUCCUAAUAUUCAUAGAACUUAGCACAAACUGAGAGCAAUCAUGCUUUCCAUUACUUAUCCUUGUACAUUUCUACAGUAGCAAUAACCUGUAUUCUGUUUGUCUUUUUAUAUAGGAGGUGAUAGGGAGAGAAUUCAAUAUUGGAAAAUAGAAACAAAAAUAAGUUGGGAGAACAUUUCACUGAUCUUUGAAUAAAAAUAAACUUUAGAUUAAUUAAAAUAAAUAUUUUAAGGGACUCAACUUUAUUCUGUAAAAAUAUAAAGUUUCUGUUUGUAAAGAACUAUCCUUGCUUUUCAUAAAUUAAAUUUCAAGUCAUUCUUCCCACAUCUCCAAAAAAGAGUACCCAAAUUGUUUUGUAGUGCAAAUUAAAAAGAGAUAAGUUUUCUCUCAACAAAUUCUAAAACAUUAUGUACACAGGAAAAAAAAUUGACAACAUCUUUGGAGUCUUAUUAAAUACUAAGAAUAGACUUUCAUAUAUCCCUGUAAUUCCUCUUUUGGGCAUCUACCACCAAAGUAAAACAAAAACAAAUUAAUGUGAAAAUAUAUGCCUAUGUUCUUUAUUGCAUUAUUUGCAAUAGCAAAGGUCUAGAAAUAACCCAAGUACCUAAAAACAGAUAGACAGAUAAAGAAAUUAAGGUAUAAGUACACACAAUAUAACACUAUUUAACUAUGAAAAGAGACAAAAUAUUGAAGUUUGCUGAAACUCUGAUGAUAUUGGAAGAAGUCAUGUUAAGUGAAGAGAGUCAGAAAUAAAAUGACCAACAACAAAUAGUCUCACUCAUUUAUAGACUAUAAAGGAACAAAGAAAUGGUGUAGAUAAUUCCUACUGAAACAGCCUUGUGAUGCAAUAAACAGAGCUGCGAUCAUAGGGUAUAGAGAUGGGAAGAGGACCAUGGAUAAUGGAUAAUUGGGACACUCGAUGUGGGUAUUGAAUAGCAGGUCUGCAAGUAUAAAACAAUAAUA